AUAUUGUAUAUAUAGUAUGCAUCAGAAGAGAAAAAGAGGAGAAAUGAAAUUAAAUUAAAAAUUGAGUGAAUGAAAGAGAAAGAUAUAGAAUGCAAUUAAAAGAGUCUCUCUCAGAUGAAGUCUUUUUCGUUGCAGCUUGUAGGUAGGUAGCGUAGGUAUGAUAUGAUGAUAGGCAAGUAAGUAAUGGUGAUGAGGCGAUUUGGAGCAAAUUAAAUCAAAGAUGAUGAGAUGAAGAAGCUGAUAUUAAAUCAGAUCAGUUGUUGCAUCAAAAUCUUUCGUUCUCAAAGCUGUGUAGUGUAGUCCCAGGUCACGUAAUUAUAUAUAUAUAAUGUAUCCUUGUAGCAGCAGCAGUAGCAGUACUAUAAACAUUUGCAAUUUCAUAUAUAACAACACCCCCAUUCCGACAUCUCCAAUGCAAUACGAGGAUGAGCAUGUUCUGUUGCAGCACAUCCAUACUCUCCUUCUCCAGCAAGAAGACAGCUUCGCCGCUGCUGCGGCGGCGGCAGCUGAGAGCGCCAUUAUUCUGAACAGCAACGACCAGUACUUUGACAAUUCUUCCAGUACGAUGAAUAUGAUGAAGAAUAAUAACAGCAACAACAACGUUGUUGUUGUUGGGAAGAAGAAGAAGUGUUCGAAGAAAGACCGGCACAGCAAGAUCCACACGGCCCACGGGCCUCGGGACCGGCGGAUGCGGCUGUCGCUUGACGUGGCUCGCAAAUUCUUUGAUCUCCAAGACAUGUUGGGGUUCGAUAAGGCCAGCAAGACCGUCGAUUGGCUGCUCCUCAAGUCCAGGCUAGCAAUCAAGGAUCUCAAGCAACAGAACCACUGCGCCGCCGCGGGCGGAGGCGCCAGUGCCGCGUCUUCCACUUCAGAAUGCGAGGCGGCGUCCGGGGUUCUUGAUCAAGAAUUUGAGCCCCCAAUGGGAGGGGAUAAUGUCGCCGCCGCCGGGAAAUUACCGAAAAUGGGCGCCAAGGAGAAGAAAGGGGCGGCGACGAAAGCAGCAGGCCGAGUUAGGGCCGCAUUCCAUCCCCUUUCUAAAGAAUCAAGGAACAAGGCUAGGGAGAGGGCGAGGGAGAGGACCAAGAUGAAGAUGAAGAAGAACAACAUGUUGGGAGAAACGCCGCCGCCGCAGGAAAUGGGUGGCGCCACCCAUAACGUCAAGACCACCAAUGACCAAGCCCUGCCUCCUACGGCGGCGGAACAACACAACUGGAGCCUAUCCAACAUCUUCCACUCUCACCAAAACCCCCCUGCAACAACUUCUCACCAGAAUCAAUUUGGAGAGUUCCCCUAUUCUGGAAAAUUUUGGGAAAGCUACAACGACGGGAAUCUAUGAGAAGGAAGAAGCUAGCAGCUAGGCUGUGUCGUCUCAUCAGAUCAGUUGGUAAUUUAAUUAAAAAAUAAUAAUUUCGUCUGAUCUUCGGACAUGCAUUUUCACUUAUUUAAAUUAUAACCCGCCCCUCUUCUUUUCUUUACUUAAAAGAAGAAGAAGAAGAAGAGGGGCCUGGUUUAGCUCUUUAAUUAGAUUUUGUUCUCCUCAUCUAUUGGAUUAUGCCUUGUUUUGAUUAAUUGCUAGGCCGUUGUUAAUAUCUUCCUUUCAAUUUUAUAUUAUUUUAUUAUGACUUA